AUGGCUUCUGCUAGUAAGAAUAAGAAACUGAAUAGUAAUCCUAAUACUCAGAGAAAGAAGACAGUUAAAGUGGUGAUAGAGCUGGAAGAGCAAGAACAAUCCAAUUCAUCUAGUCAAGAAGCGGAAAGUGAGGAUAGCAGUGCCUCUGAGUUGGAAGAAGUAGACAAUGAUGAUUUAGACCAAGAAAUAGGAUCUGAUGAUGAAGUUAAUAUUGCAGAUGUUUCAUCAUCUGAAGGCGAAGACGAAAGUGAUGAUGAAAAUGAAGAAGACAAUUUUCCUAAACUAAAGAAAAGAAAAACAAAAUCUACCGAAGAUGGAUCUGAAUCAUUUGCCGAUGCCUUGAACUCUAUUGUCAAUUCAAAACUAAAAGCAUAUGAUAGGAAAGAUCCAAUUUUGGCUCGAAAUAAGGUCACUUUAAAGAAAUUAGAACUGGAUAAAUUGGAAAUGAAGGCCAAAAGAGCUUUGUUACAAGAAAAGAAAGUAUUACAUGACAAUGCCAGGAUUAAAAACUUGUUGCCAUCUGGUAGUGAACCGGAGAAAGUCCGUGAAGUAAUUGAAAAGGAAAAGGCAUUGAAAAAAGUUGCUCAACGUGGUGUUGUCAAAUUGUUUAAUGCAGUGUUAUCCACGCAAAUCAAAACUAAUCAAGAAGUCAGUAAGGAGAAAUUGGGACAAACCAAAAAGGAAGAAAUAAUGAAUGAAGUGUCUAAAAACAAAUUUUUGGAUCUAAUUGCAGCUGCAGGUAAUGAAUAG